UUUUAUAAGUUAUAGUUUCAUCUUUUAUCUUUUGUAAUUUUGGGUUUUGUUUUGUUUUGUUUUGUUUUGUCUAUUUGUUCGUAAAUUUUUCUCAACAUUCAAUAAUAAAAUGGCAUCAUCCGAUUUUGAAUCUCAAUUGCGACAAUUGGUAGCACAAUCCAAACCAUAUAUGGGUAAAGAAAUCGCUGAAUUAGAAAGCAAUGUCAUCAAAGGUUGGUUACAGGAAGAACAAAUAAAAGUGAACAAAUUGUAUCAACAAAUUGAUCGUAUCUGUCGUUUGCAUGGUUCAAUAUUGCCCGCAAAAUUAUUCAAUGAAUCUCGUGAUACUAUAGAAAAAUUGGAAGAAUACAUUUUCAAAAUAAAAGAUGCUCUCUAUGAUUUAAAAUUUGUUGGCGGUUGUCAACGUUAAAAUGUUCGAUUCGUUGGCUUUUCUUUGGACUUUUGAUGACUACAUCCUUUUUGGAUCAUCUCAACAUUCACACACGCACACUGAAACAUUUCAAACCAUAUGAAA